AUGAACUCCGACUACAAGGUUCUUGCCUUAUGCCUCGCCAACCGUCUUCAGCGCGUGCUUCCUCACAUUAUUCACCCAUCCCAGACUGCCUUCAUUAAACGCCGUAAAAUUGGCGAUACUAAGAACGAUACUCUUGACAUUAUGGAUUGGGCUUCGUAUUCCCGCACCCCCCUCUUCGCUCUCACUGUCGACUUCCGUAAAGCAUACGACCUUGUUGACCGGGCUUUUCUCCUACAGUCUCUUUCCCACCUAGGACUACCCUCACCAUUUGUCCACUGGGUACGCCUCAUGCAUUCCGGCACCUCCACGUGCAUUGCCGUCAACAACCUUGCGGGUCCGCUCUUUCCUGUCCACACUGGUGUUCACCAGGGCUGCCCAUUAGCCCCCCUUCUCUUUGUCUGUGUCAUUGAGAGUUUCCAUCAGUACAUGUCCCUAUACCUUCCAGGUUUUCCCCUGUCUCCUGUGACUCGCCGUCUCAUGGCCUGCUACGCGGACGAUGUGACCAUCUUCCUCUCGUCAAACGAUGAACUCGGUUCUGCAGUCUCUCACCUCCUGACCUUUGCCUCAGUUUCUGGGGAAUCCCCAAACUGGAACAAAUGCUCCACUAUCCCUUUCAACAUCUCCUCGUCGCUACUCACGAGUGCAGGGCCCAUCCCCAUUCGCGCUCUUAACGAGGCUGAACGCAUCCUCGGAAUCUUAGUUGAAAAAGACAACCCCGGCGCCACAACCUGGAGAACAACCCUCACGAGAGUCCAACGCUCCUUCAGGUACCUUGCGUCCUUACGGGCUACUGCCAUGUGCCGCAAAUCCCUUGCGUCGGUUUUCCUCAACUCUACCCUAUCCUUCCCUGGCCGUUUCCAGCCUGCUUCGCCUGACACCCUCACACGCCUCGACAUCACCGUUGGCAACUUCUUAUCCUCUUCCCGCUACAAGGAAUCUGGUCUAGCAGUUCGCCUUAUUCCCGCCGAAUUCUUUUCAACUCCCCCCGAGAUGGGGGACUCGGCGCCAUUGCGCCUUCAACACAGAUCCGCGCCCUCUCCAUCGAACGCGUGA